CCCCUUGAAGACUGGAGCGAGUAGACGCCAGAGCUGAGGAGUGCCUUGUCAUUGUAUCCAGAGGAGAAACGCGUGGUCAGUGGUGCCACGGAGAGCUUCGCUGCAGUGUAACCGGUACAUGGUGGUGUUCAAAGUCAGACUUUAAGCCAGGUAUGGAUACUGAAACAACUCCACAGCAACAGGAGGCUGUCGUGGAAAAAGAUGCAGCAAAAUCAGAGGAUGCCUCAGAUGCUGAGAAGCCACAAGCUGCUUAUGAAGAGGCUGAAAAGUCUGCAGUAAAUGGUCAUGAUGCACAAGUCACAAACUUGAAAGAAACAGAAGAGUCAGUUGUGAUAGAUAAAGUGACAGCAACUGAGCAGAAAAUGGAACCUGUGAACAUUUUGCCCAAAGAAGAAUCUGAAGCAGAGCCUGUGCCUACUGCAGUGACGGCACCAGAACCAGGUGAGUUAUCUGAAAAGAUCUCUCACCCAGUUUCAGCUUUGGAAACGAAACCAGAAAACGUUCAGCCUGAACAACAGCCUGUGCCAGAGAAUGACCCAGAAGGUUUGCUUAUGCAAGCACCUCUGGCUGAGAGCACCCCAGAGCCAGCGACACUGGCAGAAUCUGUUCCAGAAGCUCAAACAUUACAUGAAUCAGCCACGAUGCAGCAGCCAGUAGAUACGCAAGAACCCAGCAAAGAAGAUAAAGUGCUAGAACAAGUGGAGGCACAAGCAGAAUUGCAGACUAAAAUGGAUACAGGGGCAGGAGAUGCUGUCAAAGAGCAGGAGCCAAAAAGUGACAUCAUAGCUGAGCCUGCAAAGGAGGGGGAAAAGCCAAAGCCAGAAGACUCUGAGAAAGCAGCAGACACUGCAUUGGUGGCAGAAGUUUCCUCAGAAAAGCCAGCUGAAACUGAAAUGUCAAAGGAGGAGAAAUCAGGUUGCCAGAAAGAAGUUGAACCUGAAACCGCAGCUGAGUCUGUUGCUCUGAAGGGAGCUCAGGCAGAAGGUGAAGAUGUUAAAUUUAAGGAGAAUGAAAAGGAAGAGGAUUCUGUCCCUGCACCUGGUUCCCUGUCCUUUGCCCUCCUAGAACAAGAGCAGACCAAAGAUGCCUUGUGUAUGUGCCGCACCCUUGUUGUCCUCAGAGGCCUUCCAGGAAGUGGUAAAAGUUUCCUGGCACGUGCCAUAGCCAAUACCUACAAAGACCAGUGCUCUGUCAUCUCUGCGGAUGACCAUGGUGUAAAGCCAGAGGAUGUAGAAUCAUCUGCAGGUGGAUACAAGGCUCUGGAUGAGGCUGUCGUGGCCUGCUGCAGUGCAGAAACGGCUUCCCCUCUGCUGAUAGUGGUGGAUGACACCAACCACACCCAGGAUCGGCUGGCCCGCCUGCAGGAAAUUGCUGAGGAGCACAGUCUUGUUGCUGUCUUCCUGGAGCCACAAACUGAAUGGAGAAGAGAUCUAGCACAGCUGACCAAGAAGACGAGCCGUGGGCUGGAGGUGGCUCAACUGGAAACCCUGAAAGGUCCACUUGAGGAAAUGUCCAUUCCUCUUUUCUUUGCCUGGUUUCUGCUGUCCUCUGUCCAGGACAAGGUUGGUUCCACAUCACUGGACUUCCUGAAAACACUGCAGACUUUGGAAGCUUUCAAGAAACACAUGUCUGACUUCAAAGCUGAGAAGGAAGUGGAUCUGGAGCAGUAUUUUGAAGCCAAAGGAGUCCUCCACUGUACUACAAAAUUCUGUAACUAUGGAAAGGCAGAGGGAGCCCAAGAGUACGCACAGAAGCAGGCUGUUAAAGAUUUCUAUGGUUCUACGUCUGAGCUGUCACUUAGUGCCCUCUUUGUCACUCCCCGCACUGUCGGUGCCAGAGUGUCCCUCACUGAGGAGCAGCUUCUGCUGUGGCCAGCCGAUGCUGAAAAGGAGGCAGAGUCUGUCCCUGCAGCUGCCUCUCUGCCUCUGGGAAGCCGCGCCCACAUUACUCUGGGGUGUGCAGAGGGUGUCGAGCCAGUUCAGACAGGUCUGGAUCUGCUUGAGAUUCUGGCCCUGCAGCAGGAAGGCCAGCAGGGGGAGCUGGUUGAGGAGAUGGCGCUCGGCUCGCUCACCUUCUAUGGAAAAGGAAGGUGGCUGCUCAGCCUCAGAGAGCCCAUCUGCGCCCCAGCCUGCUUCUCCGGCUACUAUACGUACAAGGAGCCGGAGCUGACCAAAAAAGAACCUGAGAAGAAAAAGAAGCCAAAGUGCACCAUACUGUAAAUGGCAGCCAAUGGGGAUGUGUGGCUGGUGAAUUGAAAUGUAAGCUGUGCAGUGUUUAGGAAUCCAACCACCCUGAAUUUACAAGCAAUGUGCCUUUACUGUUGAUUUGCACCACAACCCAAGAUGCGUUUAAUUCAGUUAGGGUUGUUGUCGACUAGGAAUAUCUUGUUUCACAUAUCAGUGCCAGAGUUGCAGGACCUGGCUGUUUUGCUGAGGUGUUAAGUAGAAUAGCUUCCUCCUGCAGCUCCAGUUAUCCAAAACUUUAGGUGUCCUCUUCUGCACAUGUCAGUGUUUCUUAGUACUAAGCUGUGAAUGAUAACAUAGGUACUUUGAUUGCAUGCGUCCCAGUUAACGGUAUUAACACAUUCCUGACCUGCUAAAUGUAGCUCUUCCUCUGUAACAUGUGGGGUGUUUCCUUUUGGCUUAGUUGUAAGCUUAAAAAAAGUUAGACACUUCCUGUGUGUGUGCAGUCUAGUAGUUGUUACAAUAGCACAUGGGCCAAAGUUAAGUGUAUUGAAAUGAAUGUUUGUAGAGAUCCUCCCUUGUAAAAUGUUUGCAUUGCGCAAUGGGAGAAUGCUGAUGAAUUUUGCAUUUGCUAAGCUUACACUUAGUAAUUAUCAGAUGCUGUGAAUACAAGCCCAUGUUUUGCAAUCUUUUCUACUGCACCACUUUUAUUCCCUUUGAACAGCACUUCAUGUGUGGCAUUUCGAUUUCUCCUCUGUGACUGUAAUUCUGAAAGAGCAACUCCUGCUUUGUGUAGCUCUUAUGAAUCACUAUUUUUGCACUUGUUUUCUACACUUAAUAAAGAACAUGCCUUGCUCCAGUA